GCAAAUUCAGUUAAUAUAAAAAUAUUUGUGUUUAAAAUCUGUCCUGGGUUUUAACACACACAACUAAUUACAGAUGUGUUAAGUGGAGCAUGCACACAAAUAAAAACCCUUGGUUGUUAAAAAUGUAAUCAUAACACACUGCUCUCACUAUGCAGGAAAAUACAUUAAGCUCAAGUGCCUGCUUUUAAAAGUAAAAAGUAUACCGACGGUAUCAUCGCGGAUACUGGCCUUGUAUUUACUUGGUAUGGGAUCGAUACUAAAAUGUACAGUACCGCCCACGGCUAGUGUGACGUUAUUUAAUUGUGCUUGUUUGUGCGUGUUCAAGAUUGAUGCCGCACUGCUAUUAUAAUAGGUAGUUGUAGUCUGUUGUGUGAUUAAAACUCGUGCCCCGGCUGCAUUGAGUCAUUUUGUCUAACUCCAUUUCCCACAAUUCUUAUUUAACGGCGCUCAUAAUUUUUACGCAGUAGCUAGUUGACGGGGAAUUGAAGCAACAUUUCAGUCAUCCACGAAAACCCUAAACAAGGAGUUUAUUGAGUUAUUUGUAUGUGAUAAAUUUGUAUAUAUUCUAUUUAACCUUUACACGAGCUACUCAGGAUUGAGUCUGGUAGCUGAGAGCGGCUCAUUGGGAGCCGUAACAACAGGGGGCAGUAGUAUGACGGCGUGUACUCCGAGGUCACCUGCAGCAGAUCGGAGAACAAAGAACGUUUUUCACACAAGGAACCGGUUUUCUAUUAGUAAAUUUAGUAUCUCGCAAGUCAAUUCCACUGGACAACUGACCGGCUUUAACCAGUAAUCGCCUAUUCUGUAACAGUUGCUAAUUAUUUCAGCUAAACUUAUGGAAAAAUAAUUGCCAGAUAAUCAACGACAUAACUUUUCAGCGGACAUUACGUACAGGAUUAAGACCAUCAUGGCUUCGAAAACGAAAGGUGGGAAACUUAAUUCCAAAAACAAGGAUGAUGCACCUUUUGAACUGGAAAGCCAGUUCGUUCUGCGGCUACCACAGGAGUAUGCCUCAACUGUGAGACGAAUUGCCCAAUCUGGAAGCAUGAAUCUUAAGGACAGGCUCACCAUAGAGUUGCAUGCUGAUGGCCGCCACGGAAUUGUUAGAGUGGACCGUGUUCCUUUAGCUUGUAAAUUAGUUGAUUUGCCCUGCAUCCUGGAGUCCUUAAAAACAGUUGACAAGAAGACUUUUUAUAAGACUGCUGAUGUCUGUCAGAUGUUGGUUUGCACUCUGGAUGGAGACCUUUACCCUCCUCUAGAGGAGCCCACUGGGACUGUAGACUGCAAGACCAAGAAAAGGGAUAAAGACAAAGACAAGAAGUUCAUCUGGAAUCAUGGCAUUACCUGCCCGCUGAAGAACACAAGAAAAAGGCGAUUUAGAAAAACAGCAAAGAAGAAGUAUAUUGAGUCUCCAGAUGUGGAAAAAGAGGUGAAGAGGCUCCUAAGCACGGAUGCUGAAGCUGUCAGUGUUCGAUGGGAGGUCAUUGCUGAGGAUGAGACAAAAGAAGCCGAUAAUAAUUUAUCGUUGUCCAAUUUGGACUCCUCACCUGGAACCUCUGGGCACAAGGGCCAUGAAUCUUCAGCACCACGAGAUGAGCUGCGGGAGAUAUUUAAUGACAUCAGCAGUAGCAGUGAAGAUGAGGAUGAUGAUGGUGACAGGCAGGAAGAUGAAGACCUCAACAUCAUGGAUACUGAGGAUGACAUGGUGGGUCAACUAAAUGAGAAGCUAAACGAGUCUGAUGUGGGAAGAGAUGAGAACAACAGGAACAACCAAAUAGUGAUGGAAUACCAGCUGCAGAUCAACAACCUCAAAGCCAAACUGCAGGAGACACGAGCACGCAAAAAGCAGCAAGAAGAUUUGAUUAUGAAAGUUGAGAAUCAGGCCCUAAAGACCCGCUUUCAGGCUCUACUGAAUGACUUUAUCCGUGAAGAAGAGCGUGAAAUGGAAAAGCUGGCUUCUCUGCAAGAGCAGAUGGACUCACUGAAAAACGACCAAUAGAGGGCAGUGCAAUCUCAACUCUCUGCUGAAUGAACAGUGCUGGAAACAAUAGUUCUGCUAAUGAAUUUAUUUAGUCUAAUGUUAUUAAAUAUUAACCUAUACCUA